AUGUCUUCUCUGACUAUAUCUACCAGCAAUGGAGCCAGCCAAUCUCCCAAGUUGGAAUUGCCUUCCAUCAGACAGAUUCUCGCGGAUUCGCCGAGCAAUUCUUCCCCGUUAGAACCUCGCACAGAGACAGUUGACCCUGAAGUGCAACAGGAGAUGUUCCGCGGCUUACGGGAUAUCAUUGAGAAUGCCCAGGUAGAUGAGACUGAGGGUGCAUAUGAUCUCAAGGAGCUCCAUGCUUCUCUGGAAGAAGCAGAGGCAAGCUCCAAACGUGGUCGUCGUGAUGCUAAGACUCUACAAAGUGUCUGUGAUACGCUGCACAGGCUAUGGACUUGUAAAUCUGAGUAUCUAGCUCAGGCUGCCGAGAUUAUUGCAAAUGGCAGCAGAGAUCCUUCAUGGCGUGUUCCGUUCGGACAGUCGGGUGUGUUGAUGUUCUUCUUGGAUGUGCUUUCGUCGAAAGAUGAAGUUGAGUCCAGCUUAUUGCUUCAUUCUCUGCGAGUGGUUGGCAAUUCCUGUGCCGAUACAAAUGAGAACAGAGAAAUCGUGAUCACAGGAAAUUAUACACUCGCUAUCAUUCGAUACUUCCUGGAUCCCGAGUUGAUUUUUAUUGCUAUUCCGGUGAUUUACAACAUCUGCAUGGACUACGAGCCGGCACAUGCUCAGAUAGCAACCAACCGCACAGCCUACAUUCUAUUGAAGUUGAUCAAAGACGGCGAAAUCGAAGACAAUGAGGCCUUGCUCAACUUCUCCCACGACCUGAUUGAACUGGCUUCUGAACAAGCCGAUGGCAUUGAGAAUUCUCCUGAUGGAACUAUUUUAUUGCUGAUUGAACUUGCCCUCGCCAAGAACCUCGAGUUUGCUCACUUCUCAUCAUUGGCAAUGUCACUGGCUGCGUACCUAGAGAAAGAAAAGUUCCAGAAUGUUUGUGUGUCAAACAUGAUGGUAGAAGGCGUGCUCAACGUUCUGCGCCAUUCCUUCUCCGUGGAGGUCGACAAAUCCUCCGCCGACGAUGUCAAGGCUCUCGCCCAGCUUCAGUUGAAAAUCAAUCAAGCUCUGGCUGAGGUCUCUGCUUCGCCAUUGUUUGCUCAAAACUACCCUCUUGACUCUGCUCUGUCACACACACUGAAGUCGUGGGUCACUGCAUCCGAAGAUCAGCUUCAAAUCUGUGCUUGCGUCAUGCUUGGGAACUUGGCUCGAUCUGAUGAGGUCUGCCAAGUCAUGGUACGCGAGCUGAAGAUCCACGAAGAGUUGAUCGCUGUUCUUAAAGGAGAUUCACGUGGUGCUGUCCUGCACUCUUCGCUUGGUUUCCUCAAGAACCUGGCUAUUGCUGGUGACAACCGGUCCGCGCUGGGAGAAGCUGGUAUCAUUCCUGCCGUUUCACGAUUGUGGGCGUACGACUCUGUGCCGCAGGUUCAAUUUUCCGCGGCCAGCAUUGCUCGCCAGGUCAUCAUCUCCUCUGUGACUAACAUCUCCCAUCUGCUUGCCCCCCUCUCCCAAGACCCGGAUUCCCCGGCUCACCAACGAACCUAUCUCUCUCUUCUUCUGUCUCUCUUUGAAAAGACCGACUCCACGCCAAUCAAGACGGAAAUUGGCCGGACAGUCGCCUCAAUCUGCCGGACUCUCAGCCCCAAGGCACGCGGCGGAGACGCCCAAGCAACGGAAUUGCUGGGCCGGCUAUUUACUCUACAUGACGGUGUAGCACUGCCAGUAGGCGCGAUGAUCACGCAAACGCAGUGGCCUGUCGUGCGCAGUGAAGGCUGGUUUGCUCUCGCUCUAAUGGCAACCGAUCAACUGGGCUGCACCGCCGUGGUGGACUGCCUGCAGAAGACAGAGAUCACCGAGUUGCUGAAGACAACACUAAGUGCCGGAGACUCUGAUCAAGUCCAGACGGGAGAAGAGGAGGCAAAAGAGUCAGACAAGUCGCAAGAGGCCAAGGAUCGGGAAAAUGCAUUCGUGCUUGUGCAGGGAUUACUGAAGAACGAGGGUGGCACACUUCCUGAGGGAUACCGAGAUAUGUUAGAAGAUCUAGCGAAGACCCACGCCUCGCUGUUGAAACCUGCCGAGGCUUAG